AUGACAGAACCCUUUCCGAAUCCGGCCCAGUCGGGGCAAACGGGGUUGCAAGAAGACUAUGUUUCCAAUCUUCUUGCCUCCAACAGGUCUCGCAAGCCUUCUUUAGCGUACGGAAGUAUAAGUGAUAAUGAGCCUCCUCUGAGACGGUCGAGGAGUUUGACAGAAUCCAUUACCAAUUCGAUGAUCACGGCCACCAAUGCUACCUGGCGCCAGAUCCAACGGCGGAGGUUCUUGUCUGUGUGUGUGUUUGGGUGUUUCAUCAUGGUUGUGUUCAACUUGAUCUUUUUGCCCCGCACCUCUUUGGACAGAGACCUGCGUCGUUUGCAUGGCGAGUACCUUACGUUUGAUGAUUGUUCAAGGUUGUUUUUGACCCAGUUGAAUUUUAAGAACAACGCAAAGAGCUACAUGGAGCUUUUGGAGGAGGACGUCCAUCUUCCGGGCGAAAACCACGAGUCUAUCCAGACCUAUUUCAAAACGCACUUUAAUUUCAAGACAUACACUGACAAAUACGAGACCUGGGUGAACAAGCCCGUGAAAACAGGGCUCAAGCUGGUCAAUUCGGCCGGCCACGUCACGUACGAGGCCCGUCUCAAGGAGAGCGAGCUGCUCUCGUUCCAUCCGUAUUCUGCAAACGGCACAGUGAGCGCAAACUUUGUGUUUCUGAAUUACGGGCUCGAGCAAGAUUACCAGGCAAUAGAGGAACAGAACGUUCGUGUUGACGGGCUGAUUGGCAUUGUUCGUCGUGGAGGCGCGUCUGUGGACUACAAGAUCGAGCUGGCGCAGACGCACGGCGUCGCUGCGGUGCUGGUUUACUCAGACCCGCAAGACGACGGAGAAUACACCAAGCAGCACGGCUACGAGCCGUUCCCCAAGGGUCCGGCCAGGAACCCGGGCAACGUGGACAAGGAGUCGGCGAGCUUUGUGGCAAGACAGCCGGGCGACCCCAGCACGCCUGGCUGGUCGUCCACGCUGUUCGCACACCGCGUGGACCCUGACACCAUCCCCAAGAUUCCGUCGCUGCCGUUGAGCUACGACGAUAUCGAGCCGAUCCUGCGCUCGCUGGAGGGCCCAAGUCUCGGCUGGACAGGCGGGCUCGACUUCUCGUACUCGUGCGGCCCCUCCACAGACACGCUCGAGCUGGAGAACCAGGUGGAGUACAAGAUCCGGCCGAUUUACAACAUUGUGAACGAGAUUCCCGGGGUGAUCAAGGACGAGGAGCUGAUCAUCGGGGCGUCGCGCGACUCGAUCGGCGGGCUCGGCGGCGCCAGCAACGGACACGCCGCCAUGAUGGAGCUCGCACGCGGGUUUGACGAGCUGGUCAAGUUUGGCUGGAAACCGUUGCGCACCAUCAAGCUGGUCUCCUGGGACGGCUCGAGCUACGGCCUGCUCGGGUCAACCGAGUACGCCGAGUUCUACUCGAACAAGCUCAGCAAGAACAACCUCGUGUACGUGAACUUGGACAGAAUCAACGGGUCCAAGCUGCGGUUGCAGAGCCACCCGCUGUUCAACAACCUACUGCUCCAGGUGAUGAAACAGGUGAUGGUGGACACGGAUCACACGCUGUUCGAGUACUUCACCGAGAAAAACUCCACGCUGGGGCUGAUCUCGAGCGAAAUGGGCGACUACUCGGUGUUCCAGACGUUCUUGGGCAUCCCGUCGCUCAACAUUGGGUUUGAGAACGACCCGGCCCGCGACCCGGUGCCGUACUACAACUCGCUCUCGGAUUCGGUCAAGUGGUACAACACGCUCGACCCAGACUGCACGUACCCAAGCGUGGUGGCUCAGUUUGUCGGGCUACUGGUGCUCAACUUGAGUGAAAAGGAAAUUUUGCACGUUAAAACUUACGACUACAUUGCCGAGAUAUACCGCCAUUACACGGACCUGAUCCAGCGCGUGCCGGAGUACUGGCUCGAGCGGAUCUUUGACGACGACACAAACGAGCGGCUGAACACGAGACUCGCCGAAACAGACACCCAGUUCAAGACGUUGCUCAAGAAGGGCCAACGGUUCGACGCCAGUCUCAAGACGCUGCAACGGCAGAUCCGACUCGCGUUCCCGUGGUUCCGACUGCUGACCAAGAUCAAGAUCGCAGUCAAGUCGAAGGUGGCCAACCUCAAGGUGCGGUCGCUGGACAGGGUGUUUGUUGCGGAGCAGGUCGUGAAGGACCGCAAGUGGAUCCGACACUCUGUGUUUGCGCCGUCGCGAGACGGCCGCGCGGCCAGCGUGCUGCCCGGUCUGCACGAGGCGCUCGACACCGCGAGCUACGACGAGUUCGUUGCCAGCCUCGCGUCCAUCAACGACUCGCUCGCCAAACUGCAUAGCAAACUCUCAUAA